UUGAAAUGAAUGGCGAAGAUUAAGUCUCAGGCUAAAACGCAGCGUUUUAACCCGUCUUCGACCUACGUACUACGUAGCCUCCAUUCUCUUGAGCUCUCUCAUUCCGCCGCCGCCAACUCCUCUGCUUUCUUCCUUCUUCCUUCUUCUCCUCUUUCAGUUCAAUGGGGGCUAAGGCGAGGAAAGCUAUGAAGAAGAAACUCAAUAAGGCUACUCCUCUUUCAUCCGACAAGAAGGAAUCUGCCGAUUUCUUGCCGUUGGAGGGUGGUCCUGGGCGUAAGUUAUCGGUACAGAAGCCAUUGGAAAGUACUGCUACUGUUCUUUACAUUGGCCGCAUACCCCAUGGUUUCUUCGAGAAGGAGAUGGAAGGGUUUUUCGGACAGUUUGGGAAAGUAAAAAGAUUAAGAAUUGCACGAAAUAAAAAGACGGGGAAGUCGAAGCAUUUUGGCUACGUUGAAUUUGAAUCUCCAGAGGUAGCAAAAAUUGUAGCUGAUUCCAUGCAUAACUAUUUGUUGUAUGAACACAUUCUGAAAGUCCAUCUAAUUGAUCCCGAGCAUGUUCACCCCAAACUAUGGAAAGGUUUUAACUAUCGCCAUAGGCCCUUAAACUGGUCUGAACUUGAGCGUAAGCAUCAUAACAAGGAAAGGACAUUGGAGGAACACAAGAAGUUGGUGGAUAGAAUAUUGAAGCGGGAUCAGGCUAGACAGAAGAGGAUAAGGGCUGCUGGGAUUGAUUAUGAGUGUCCAGAAAUUGUGGGUGGUGUCCAACCAACUCCCAAGAAGAUCAAAUUCGAUGAAGAUUAGAAUGAGGGUUCGGUUCAUAGAAAGCUAUUAUAUUAUCACACCAGAGGAAGGAGGAAGCUCUUGCCUCGUUCCAGUUUCUUAUGCUGGAGGGGGGGUAACCUUCCCAAUGAUCUUGAAUCUCCUAAUUUUGAUCUGUGAAAUUUUGUGUCAAAACAUACUUUUAUUAAGCUCUUUAGUAAUAUGUAUUCCCCUUUAUAAAAAUGAAAAAAAAAGAAGUUAUAUUGAAGCUUUUAUGGCUUACAAUUCUGAUCUUCUCAAAGACAGGAAAACUGAAUGGUAAAUUUGAAAGUUCCACCAUGUCAGAUCUACAUGUAUAGUUUAUAUCAUGUUUGUUUCAGUUU